GGUCCGGAAAUCGGUCCGCCGCAUUAACGUUCCCACAGGAACAAGGAAAUUGAGAAACAUUUAACAACGGCUGCUGUGAUCAAGCCCCACCUCUGCAGGUGGAUGUGAGCCGCUGCACCCUGAAAAAAGGGUCCACUGUAUCCUGGCUUUACCACAUUACAACAACAUGGGACUGCUGUCUGACCCAAACAGAAGACGGGCUCUGAUCAGCCUGCUGACCCGCCUCAAUGCUCCAAUCUGCGUGGUGUGCUACAUGGCGGGUGUGGCUUGGUUCAUGGGGUUAGCAUUUGAGCCGUUCACGCUGCGGACGUACAUGUCAGAGAACGCCAUGGGGUCUACCAUGGUGGAGGAGCGCUUUCCGUCAGGGGAGAGGGCGCUGGCCACAGGCAGGGAGUUUGCAGCUCAUAAGAAGAAAGCUGGUGGGAUGCCAGUGGAUUGGCUUGUGAAGACCAUGCAGGCUCGAGGGUUGGAGGUGUUUACCCAGAAGUUCUCUCGCACGCUGCCCUUCCCUGAUGAAAACAAAGAGAGAUAUAUGGUGAAAGGCACGAAUGUAUACGGGAUCCUCCGGGCCCCCAGAGCACCGCGCACUGAAGCCCUGGUGCUGAGUGCCCCUUGCACCCCGGGCGACAACAACAACCAGGCAGUGGGGCUGCUACUCGGCUUGGCACAGUACUUCAGGAAUCAAGUUUACUGGGCCAAAGACAUCAUCUUUCUCAUCAAUGAGCACGAUCUGAUUGGUAUGCAGGCCUGGCUGGAGGGCUACCACCACACAAACACUACAGGUAUGGACUGGUCCCCACUUCAAGGUCGUGGUGGUUCAAUCCAGGCAGCUCUGUCCCUGGAGCUCAGCAGUGAUGUCAUCACCAGCAUGGACCUGAUCCUGGAAGGUCUCAACGGCCAGCUCCCCAACCUGGAUUUAGCGAAUCUCUUCUACGCUUUCUGUCAGAAGAUCGGAGUCCUGUGCACCAUCCAGGGCAAGCUGCAGAGGAAUGACUGGGACAGCGUGUCAGGCUAUAGCCACUCAGUUCAGACCAUGAUGCUGAUGGUGAUGAAGCAGGCCAGCGGGCGCCCUUGGGGGGAUCAUGGCCUUUUCCUGCGGUAUCACAUCGAGGCCGCCACCAUCAAGGGCAUCAACAGUUUCCGUCAGUACAAGACUGACACCACCACCGUCGGCAGGCUCCUGGAGGGAAUGUAUCGUAAGCUGAAUAACCUGUUAGAGCGCCUGCACCAGUCCUACUUCUUCUACCUCAUGCCCUCCCUCUCUCACUUCGUUUCCAUUGGUUACUACAUGCCAGCCUUCGGCCUCCUCGCCGUCAUCCUCCUCCUCCGUGCCUUAGACCUGUGGGUUCAACUUGCGAGUCCUCCGCCAAGAACAGAAGAUGGAGUGGUUGACCCUGAGCAGAUAUCCAGUCUAGGAGUGCCGUCCGUGUUGACUCCUCUGGUGAUCAGCCAUCUGACCGGAGUAGCUCUCUACUACUUGCCGAUCCACUUUCAGGAGAUGGCUGUGGAACACUUCCCGGUGUCUGAGACCGAGGCUGUGGUCCUGACAGCCAUAGCUAUUUACACUGCCGGCCUGGCUUUGCCUCAUAACACACACAGGCUCGUGUCAGGCGAGGGGACGGAGCAGGGCUGGAGGGUGCUGAAGCUGGUCGCUGUGCUGUACCUGGCCGUGCUGCUGGGCUGCACCGCCCUCAUCAACUUCUCCCUGGGCUUCAUCCUGGCUCUCACCCUGGUGCCCGUGGCUGCCUUCGUCACACCCCACGUACCACAGUUUCUAUCGGCCUUCGUCCUGGUCAUCCUCAGCCCGGCCUGCACGCUCCUCUUUUCUGUCUUUUUCUUCCAAGAGCUGCAGGAAGUGCCCAUCAGCUUCCAGGAGGGUUGGCUGCUCUACCUGUCAGUCAUCUCACAGGGCAUCCUGGACCACUUCCUGUACGGCUCCCUGGUUUAUCCGCUCAUAGCACUGCUGGUGUAUCCCUGCUGGCUGCUUUUCUGGAACAUCCUCUUCUGGAAGUGAAGACCGGUCACACAGGACUACUGAAGGCUUUCAUGGGGAGGAAAUCUCUCUGAGGUGUUCUCAGGUUUGUCUUCACUGUGGAGGAAUGUGAAUGACAGUCAAAUCCACUGGAGAGAUUGGGAAAGAAGAUGAAUAUCUAACGAAUGCAGUGAUUGCCUUCUUUUGGACAUUUUGCUGGUAUGUCAAGAAUCCACUCCAAGUAUUUCAUUCUUAAAACUUUUGAGAAUAAGGUUUUCUUGAUAAACUAAGCAGAAUGAAAUGUUUUGUACUGUAAAUCUCUUAAAUAAUAAGUUGAAAAUCUUUUUUCACGGUUGAGUUGCUUUCUGUAAAAGAAUUUCAUUUACAUUUUUUUUUUUUUUUUUAAGGAUUUUGUGUUGCGAUUGCCUUUGUUUGUGGUACAUAAAGAAUACACCUGCACUGCUUUUUAGCUCUUUGUGUUUUGUCUGGCCGGAUGGUGAUGGAUGUAACGGAUGUUGAACUGGAAGAAACAGCCCGCUCAGAUUCGUAGUCUGCCUCCUUUUAAUGCAUCUGUUGAAGAAGAGCCAUCACUUUGUCCGAUAUUUUUAUACUUGUUUUGAUAACAUUCUUUGAAAUUAGUUUAUUUCAUAUUUAUAAUGCCAAAUUAAAAGCCUGAAAAAGUUUAAA